CAGCAAGCGAGCCCGCUCUCCUCAAACCAAACCCAGCCGAACCAAGCCAAGCCAAGCCAGUCCGCGCUGAGUCCAGAUCCCUGCUGUCCCACUCAGAGGCAGGACGGCCACGCGGGACCAUGACCUCUUAGCGCUGUUUUACGCACCGACUUGUGAUCCAUCCUUCAUAGACCCACAUUCUGCCUCUUUACGUUUAAUUCCUUCGCCGACACCAUGGACUUCACACUUCCGAGGAGCGAUAUUUUCAUCCUCCAGUUGCUCCUUUUAAGCCAAAUAGUUCUGGCCAUGGAACCACUGGUCCAAGGCUUGAAGAAACUCCCUGAAGAUCUUGACUGGUCUUACUCAGGUGGCCUGAACCAGCAGAGCUGGGGUAAGAAGUAUCCGUCCUGUAAUGGUGCGAGGCAGUCUCCGGUGGACGUCGAUGAAACGUUUACCCAGGUCAGGCUGCAGUUCCAGAACCUACAGCUAGAGGGCUGGCACAAACCAACAUCAGAGUCCACCACCAUCCAUAACAAUGGAAAAACUGUGGCCAUCAAUGUGGACGGGGAGUUCUUUGUGAGUGGAGGAGGUUUGAGCUCCAGGUUUCGCGUUGCCAGACUCCAGUUCCACUGGGGAAGCUGCAAUGCAUCAUCAGAUGGGUCUGAACACAGUCUAAAUAGGAUGAAAUACCCGCUGGAGAUGCAGAUCUACUCUUACAAUCCGAACGACUUCCAAAGUCUUGAUGAUGCUAUUAAGGAAGGAGGGAGGAUCGCUGCCUUGGCUGUGCUCUUUGAGGUUGGCCUGGAAGACAAUGAGAACUUCAUUCCAGUACUGGAGGCCAUUGACACUGUCAGCAGGUUUGGUAAAAGUGGGUCUGUGGAAGCUUUCACCUUGAGGUCCCUGCUGCCUAACAACACUGAUAAAUACUACAUCUACAACGGCUCCCUGACCACUCCUCCCUGCUCCGAGCUGGUGGAAUGGAUCAUUUUUAAACACACCGUGGCCAUAUCAGAGGCACAGCUGGAGGUAUUCUGUGAGGUGAUGACCAUGGAGCAGGCUGGAUAUGUGAUGCUGACCGAUUAUCUGCAGAGCAACUUCAGGGAGCAGCAGCAGCAGUUUAUGGGCCAGGUGUUUGCCUCCUACACUGGAGUCGAGGAGGUGCUCACACCCACUUGCAGCUCUGAGCCGCAAAAUGUACAAGCUGAUGCCCAGAAUGAAACCACCAUCAUGGUGAUGUGGGAGCGUCCCCGUGCAGUUUACGACACCACCAUCGACUGGUAUAGUGUCACCUACCAGAAGCUUCAAGGCCAAGACCAGAACAAGCGUGAAUACAGAACUGAUGGAGACCAAGACGUGGGUGCCAUCAUCUCCAACCUGCUGGCCAACAGCAGCUACGUGGUUCAGGUGGUGGCUGUUUGCACCAAUGGCCUCAGAGGACGAUGGAGUGACCAGAUUAUAGUAGACAUGCCGCUAGAAGACCCUGAAAGUGACUCCACCGCUGACAUUGCCACGGGGGUGUCAGGAGGCCACAAAGAGGUCUCACCUGUAGCUGGAUGGGAGAAGCCAGAGAACCAGAAUCAGCUUGAGUUGGCUCCAGAGGACCACAGCCCAGUUGAGGAGAUCCCAGCUGAGCAGACCAGAGUUUACCAGAACCACCCUUCACAUAACCAGAACCAGCCCACUGACCACAUCCAAGCAAACCAAAACAUCCCUUUCCAAGUCUACUCAAGUUCAAGCCCAAAGACCGCCUCUGACUCUGCCGUCCUGCAGAAAACUGGACUCAACCAACACAGGUCCAAGCCUGAUGUCACUGAUCAAAACUGGGUUGAAGGUGACCAGCUGAUCCCAGCAAACUGGCCCUUUAUGAAUCCAGGCUCUAACAGCAAUGGUGCAACCUGGGUAACUCAAGCGGCCGAGCAGCCGGGUUUUCUGUUUCCAAUUGGUCGGACGACCGUUCCCCCAUCGACCCGCCGACAAAUCACAGAAGAGGCAUCAUUGUCGAUGUUGACACCUCAGUUGAGGGAUGAUGAUCCAUCAGACCAAGAUCGAGAAAAUGGCCUUCUAAAGUCGGACCUGUACACCCCUUCAGUGGAGAACAUCAAAGUCACUGAUAUCUUCUAUGAAGACACAGUUUCCAGCACUCAAAUGGAAACCACCACUUACCCUGCAACAGUGUUUGCUUCUGUGGCGCUAGGUAAAGUAACUAAAGACUUCCUGCCAUCCUCUGAAGAUAGUGAAGCCCCUCUGGACAAGACAGUCCCAAAUCCCACCACCUCUGAUUCCUCCACCGCUUCCACCGUCUGGAUAAAGCAGAACACAGCAACUGCAAGCAACACACCCACUGACUCAGUCUACAAAUCAUUCACAACCUCUCCUUUGCUCAGAGUGUUAAUGCAUACAACUCAGCCCAUGUUCAGCGAAGGCAGCAACAGCAGCCAUGAGUCUCGGGUUGGUUUGGUUGAAGGCAUGGAGAGGGAAAAGAGGACGGUGGUUCCUCUGGCUGUCGUUUCCACUCUUACCAUCCUUUGUCUGCUGGUACUGGUGGGCAUACUUAUCUACUGGAGAAACUGUUUCCAGGCAGCUCAUUUCUAUCCAGAUGACAGCGCAUCACCAAAAGUCAUAUCUGCUCCAUCUACACCCCUGCUACUGGCCACAGGUUGUGUUACAGAUGGCCAUGAGUCGCUGACAGUGAAGCAGUUUGUGAAGCACAUCAUGGAGCUCCACAGUAACAACACUUUCUCUAAGGAGUUUGAGAUUGUCAAAGAGUCCUAUGAGGAGGUGCAGGCGUGUACAGUGGAUAUGGACAUCACUACUGACAGCUCAAAUCAUCCUGACAACAAAAACAAGAACCGUUACAUUAACAUUCUGGCCUAUGACCAUAGCAGAGUGAAACUCUCCAACAGUUUGGACAGAGAUGGCAGAUGUGGGGACUACAUUAAUGCUAACUUUGUUGAUGGUUAUGAGCGAACAAGGGCGUACAUUGCAGCCCAGGGACCUCUCAAAACUGGAAGGGAGGACUUUUGGAGGAUGAUCUGGCAGCAGAAUGUUGGAGUUAUUGUCAUGAUUACCAACCUAAAGGAGAAAGGACGAACAAAGUGUGACCAAUACUGGCCAGAAGAAAACCAAGAAGAAUAUGGUCCUUACCAGGUGACCCUGAAAAACACCAAGACCCUUGCUUACUAUACGCUGCGGAGGUUCACAGUCAGGGAUAUGACGAAUAGGGUGCCUCAAAGGACAGGGGAACACACUGUUCUCCAUUUCCACUACACCCAGUGGCCAGAUAUGGGCGUCCCAGAAUACUCUCUGCCUGUCUUGUCCUUCAUCAGAGCAUCCUCUGGAGCCCGGACGCAGGAAAUGGGACCUGUGUUGGUACACUGCAGUGCUGGUGUGGGUAGAACAGGCACCUACAUAGUGAUAGACAGCAUGUUGCAACAGAUCCAAGAUCAGGGAAUGGUUAAUGUUCUUGGCUUCCUCAAACACGUCCGCACACAGAGGAACUUCCUGGUUCAAACAGAGGAGCAGUAUGUGUUCAUCCAUGAUGCUCUGGUGGAGGCCAUCUUGAGCAGGGACACAUUAGUCACUUCGGAGUUCCUCCACACUUAUGUGUCUGACCUCCUGACGCCUGGCACCACAGGGAGGACGCGCAUGGACAAACAGUUCAAGUUGAUUAGUCAGCGUCAGGCCAAGCAUGCAGACUACAGCACUGCCUUGAAGGAUGGCAAUGCUGAGAGAAACAGAGCCAGAGCACUGAUGCCUGUGGAGAGAUCAAGAGUAUCUCUGAGUGCUUCAGACACAAACUCUACAGGCUACAUCAAUGCCUCCUAUGUUAUGGGACACUACAGCAGUAAGGAGUUCAUAGUGACCCAGACUCCUCUUGGCAGCACGGUGGCAGAUUUCUGGAGGAUGAUCUUGGAACAUAAAACACAAGUUGUUGUCGGUCUGCCAGACGCACACAAUCAGUACAAAGAGUGUUGUGUCUACUGGCCUAGAAAAGACCUGCCAAUGAGCUUUGACGGUUUCACAGUGUCGUACUCUGGAGAGGACCAUGUUUGUCUAUGUUAUGCUAGUGAUGAGAAAGUUUUGGUGCAGGACUUCACAGUGAAAUCUCCACAGAGCGAUUGCGUAUUGAACGUCCGCCAGUACAGCGUCCCCUGCUGGCCCAACCCAGACAGUCCUAUCAGAAACUGUUUUGAUCUUGUCAACACAGUCAGAGUGUAUAGUGGAUACACACAAGGACCCAUGAUUGUACAUGAUCCUUUGGGAGGUGCUACAUCAGGGCUGUUCUGUGCCCUCACAACCCUGUACAGUCAGCUAGAUGAGGAGGGAGCAGUGGAUGUCUAUCAGGUGGCACGGAUGACCAACCUCAUGAGGCCAGGGGUAUUUAAUGACAUAGAGCAGUAUCAGUAUCUUUACCGAGCCGUGCUGAGCCUGGUGAGCAGCCAGGAGGACCAGCGAGUCCUGCAGAGUCCAGAGACCAAUGGGUCUGUACCACUGGGGCAGUCAAACGUUGCAGAGAGCCUGGAGUCGCUCAUGUAGACACACACUUUCACUCACAUUUAUCAUGCAAAUGCACACAUAAGGAGGGGAUGUGUCUGAGAUUCACAGCUGUGUCCGCAUCCCAAUGCUUUAAUAUACAAUAUCUUCUCUACUCAAAAAUGAUCAACAAUCCAAAACUAAUCUUACACUUCAUAAGUAAAGCCCAUCAGGAGGAGUUCCACAUAGUCAUUAAUUUCUGAUUUACAUAUUUCAUUGCCGUUUCACAAGGUCACUACACACAUCUGUCACCUUUAAAAGUGACUAAUAAUAACUUAUAACUGGGUAUUUACAGCAGACACAGCUACUGAACCUACUGAACUCAUUUUUGGUGUUGACUGGUUUGAUUAUCUCAUCCUGUAAAAGAGAAAAGGACGCUUCUAUUCGACCCUGUAUUAAGGGUUUUAACAAGAGAAGAAAUGGCUUUAGUAGUGGUUAUUAA